AUCGUCUUCUGACCAGUCUUUAGGCUCAAACCACACGGGCGGCGCGGCGCCGCACCGCAAGCCAUUUCGCCGCGCUGGCGACCACACGGGCAGAGCGGCGUCGCAACGAUCUACGGAGCCGCGGCGGCGCCGCAGCGGUAGCAUAAUGAGGGGUUGUCCAUCGCUACGUACGACAGUCUGUAAUAACAAUGGAUCGGGAAAGACGUGUGCUGCUGCUCUUAUUACUUCGCCACCGAAGAAAUCGACGUAGAAUCAUACGAAAACACUGGAUCAGUCCAUUUAUAGCCUUGAGGAAUAGUGACGGACUUUUUUUCUUUAAAGAAUAUCAAGAGUUAGUUUUAGACGAAAAGAGGUUUUACAAUUUUUUUCGAAUGAGCGUAUCCACUUUUGAAGGUUUAUUGCAAUCCUUAGAGCCACAUAUACGGAAACAAUAUACUAAUAUGAGGAAUCCAGUGGAGCCAAUAGAAAUGUUGGGUAUCACUUUGAGGUACCUAGGAAGUGGAAAUACGAUUCAAGAUUUAGAAUUCAAAUUUAAACGGGGGAAAUCUACGAUUGCAUGUAUGAUAUUGAGAGUAUGCGAAGCUAUAUGGAAACAUCUUCUUCGUGACAACAUCCCUGAACUGACAACAGACCGAUUCCAAAAAAUAGCAUCUGAUUUUGAUGUCAGAGCAAAUUUUCCUCAUUGCAUCGGGGCCAUCGACGGAAAGCAUAUACGCAUGUGUAAUCCUGCUAAUAGUGGCUCCCUCUUUUUUAAUUACAAAUCUUUUUUUUCUAUGGUGUUGCUAGCUGUUGUGGACUCUAACUAUAAAUUUACUUUUGUCGAUAUUGGCGCAUACGGAAAAGAGUGCGAUUCAACUGUUUUUCAAAACUCAAAACUGUACGAGUUAAUGAUUUGCGAGAAGCUGCCAUUGCCUGAUCCCCAGCCACUAUGUGGUUUUAAUAGACCAAUCCCAUAUGUGUUAGUGGGUGACGAAGCUUUUGGAUUAAGCAAACAUGUUAUGCGUCCUUAUGGUGGUAAAAAUCUCGAUGUAAUACAGAUGGUAUUCAAUUAUCGUCUUAGCAGGGCAAGAAGAUAUGUCGAAUGUGCUUUUGGAAUCAUGGCAAACAAAUGGCGCAUUUUUCACAGACCGAUAAACGUAUCCUAUGAUUUUGCUACUGCCAUUGUAAAAGCAUGUUGUGUCCUACAUAAUUUUGUGGCCGAUCGGGAAGGUGUUCGUCAAAAAGAUAAAUUGGCGAUAAUUUGUGAUGAGUUUCACUCUCUCCAACCCCAAAAUGAAGAAUUGACAGCAGCUAAUGGCAUUAGAAAUGAAUUUGCAAACUAUUUUAUGAGCAGCACAGGAUCUUUGAAGUGGCAAUUAAAGAAAAUUUAGUCAUGUUACUAGUAUGAAGAAAAAUAAGGACUCACCAAUUUU